AUGGAGAUUGCUCCCAUGGUUGGCACAUCCUGGCAACCCAGCCAUAAGCCCCCUCACAGGAAAUGGAAACAGAAUGAACAACGUAUGGAAGAAAACUGUCAGACUGAAGUUGGAGAUGAGAUGCCAAUAAAACCUGGCAUAGGAGGAUCAUCUCAGGCUAAGACUUUUGAAGAACUUUUAGAGGAGCAACUGAAACUUGAUGCAGAGGCUUCUAAAGCAGCAACUAAAACUCAAAGUACAACUCAAAAACCCCAAAGAACAUUUCUAAGAAAAGGUCAAGGACUUGCCCGAUUUAAAGGAAAGUCAGCUUCAGCUAAGGUAAUAACAAAAACCCAAGAACCAGCUGUUCAGUUGACAACAGCUCAACAGAAAAAAGAAAAGAGGACUGGGAAUGCUGUGGCAGCUUCAUCUCAAGGGAAUAACAAAUCAGGUGGAGUUAGUGGAGGUCCUGUGGCACAGACCAAGGUGACUCGCAAAGUGGCUUCAAGAAGCCCACAGGUGAUGACAGAAGCAUCUGUAAAGUCACAGCAGAUCAGGGGGUCUAAACCUUUAAAAACCCAACCAGCUUCCUCAGAUGGAAAACCUGUCGCCAUAGCUGUUACCAGGCCUGCUGCGAUGCCCACAUGUGUCAUUUCUGAUGAACCAGAGGAGAGUAAUCCACCUUCUGUGUUUAACAGUAUUGAUGCAUCGUUCCAAAUGAGACUGAAGGAAUUAGAAGAAAAACAAGAGUUGGAAGAAGAAGAACUUGAAGAAUUUGAGCUCCUAGAACAAGCGGCAGCAAAUGCUUCCUUUUCAUCCAACUCCUCAGUAGUUGUCAAAGUGUUGGCCAAAGCCAGAGGAGGAAGUGCACAGAUCAGUAAAAAUAACACAAUGCGAGGAGCUGGGAACAAGCCCGAAAACAGAGGUAGCAGAUCAGUACAGAAAGUUAUGUAUGUGGGUGCAGGAGGAAUUCUGAGCCCUGUUGACACAGGUUAUGGCAGUGGGGAUGGUAAAGGGGCUGUGUCAAUUGAUGAGUCAAGACCACUACCCGUGGUAGAAUUGAGAGAACCUCAUGCAAAUGAGAGUGAAGAUGACGAUAGUGAUGUGACUCUACAGGAGAUGAGUUUAGACAGUGCCUUGGAACUUGAUUCUGGUCAAGGUGAAAAGAGACAAGCAGCUGGAGACCUGCAAAAAGUCUUGGCCCCAGCUUACCUCAAUCCUCCCUCGACUGAGAGUGACAACGAGUUUAAUGACGAAGACACGUGGGCUGCAAUAAAGAAACAGGCAGGCACAGACUUUGAGAAUGAGGAGAAGGGAGGAGAAGUCGACUCCGAUGACGACGACGAUGAUGAGGAUGACAGUGAUGUGACAAUCAGUGACAUAUUCCCUCUUGUAACCUCCACUCCGCCUGUUGCCCUAAAGAGGGGUCAGCCUCCAAAGAGCCAAGUAGCAGAUGCAAUUGAGGCUGAACGGAUGCUGGCUGCGUCGACCCCACCAACAUCAACGCUUGUUACCAAGCUGUUUCCCCAGCUGAAGCCGAAGCAGAAAGCUGCUCCGGCUGUCGCCAAACAAGCCACAAGUGAUGUUCCUAAGGCCCAGGGGCAGGAGGAAGAGCCUGUAGACACGGUUCAGAGUGCUGCGGUCAGGGAGAAGCUCAAAGAAUUGGAAGCAGAGAUUGAAAAGUUCAGGACUGAGAAUGCAGCUCUGGCCAAAAUUAGAAAAGAGCGGGAAGAGGGCUUGAAAAAGCUGCAAGCGGAAAUAGCUGCGUUUGAGAAACAGAAAACAGAUGAACUCGAACGAUUAGAGCAGUUUAGGGAGGAAGAGAUGCGAAAGUUACGCCGCGAAAGACGAGUGUUUGAAAAGUAUCAGAAAGCUGCCCGUUCAAUGCCAGACAAGAAAGAACGCGAAGAGAUCGAGAGUUUACGAGAACAGAUGGCAGAUUUGCAAGAAGAACUUAAGCGACGCGAAUCUCGCUGGUCAGCGGCUUCUACACGUUCCCGCCAAAAGAUCGAGGUCUUGGAAGAACAGAACAAAGAACUACAAGAAGAGGUGAAGCUUUUAGAACACUAUCGAUUGCAACAGUGGAGAGAAGAGGAACAAGCGAAGGCGAAAGAAGAAGAGGAGUCAAGACCGAAAAAACCUUUGCUGCGCAAAACUGCUAAGGCGACGGAAGAAGAGCCAGGGCCCAAGCUCCCCGUGCGUCACCGACCUCCUCCUAUGAGAGCAGCUCUUGCUGAAGUACUGCCCAGAUCUACUCCUGAAACUGCUACCAUUGAUCCUGAGACCAGGCUACCAAGUGCUGCUAUACAACUUGAUAAAAACAACAAUCAGUCAUCGAGUUCUCGCCAAGACGAAAAUACACCAUCAGAUGUACUUUAUAAUGAAAAGGAAGAAAUCAGCUCUGCUUUGAAGCCUGUGGAUGAUAACAAUCACGAUACAAUGAAAUCUAAACGAAGUCCUCGAAGAAGAAGCAAAACGCCAGAAAGAGGAGAAAAGUUUAAACGAAACGUUCAUUUCCAAGAUGAGGAAAAAUAUGAUGAGAAUAACGUGGAGAAAGUUAAUAGUGACGGCUCUCGUGUGAUCUCCUUUGCAAACGGGACAAGAAAAGACAUCAGUGUCGACGGCCAAACUAUCACUGUCACUUUCUUCAACGGAGAUGUCAAACAGAUCAUGCCGGACCAACGAGUGAUGUACUAUUAUUCUGACGUUCAAACAACUCAUACUACUUAUCCAGACGGGCUGGAGGUUUUGCAGUUUCCCAGCAAACAAAUCGAGAAGCAUUAUCCCGAUGGGACUAAAGAAAUUAUCUUCCCAGAUCAGACGAUAAAGUAUUUGUACCCAAACGGAGCAGAGGAAUGUGUAUUUAGUGACGGUACUAUACAGAAAGUUAGCGUGGAUGGCGAGCGAACCAUUGAAUUCCCAAAUGGACAAAGAGAGACACACACGAAAUUCUAUAAAAAAAGAGAAUACCCUGACGGGACAGUAAAGACGGUCUAUCCCGAUGGUCGCACAGAGACCCGUUACGCUUCGGGACGGGUGCGGGUCAAAGAUCGAGAGGGUCGUAUCCUCGUCGAUGCUCCCCACCAAGACAGAUAACAGUAGCUUCAGCGGUUUGAGAGAAUACUCCUCGGAUUGUCAAAGAAAAUGGCCUGACUUACUUACAAGACAAAGUAAAUAACGUACCGUAUUAGUACUGAAAUCUUGUGGGUCUUUAAGGUCGUGUUUUUGCGAUUGUGAAAAAAUCGCGAAAUUGAAGACUUGGGAAUAAAAAUCCACGAAGAAUUUUAACACGUGGAAUUGAAUCACCCAUAGAAAAUUCAAAUCACCGGUAAAAAAAGAUCAACAUGUAAUAACCACAACAUAUACAGAACAUGUGUCGACAAAUACAAAAAUUAAAAACUGGUCUUACUGGUAAAUUCUAUGUAGGAUCUUCCGUUGUGAAAGGAAAUCUCCAUCUGAAUCGGCUAUAUUUGAAAAACCUCCUUCGAAUAUCUUUCGUGCAGUCGUCAAAUGUUAAGACAAAUUGAAAAGUAACAUGAAGUUGAGUAGGUUUGAUUCGCGAAAUUUAACGCUAUUGACUUUACGAUAGUAAAACCCCAAGAAAUACCGUCUCGCCAAAAGCGCCAAAUUAAGCACAAAUAAGGUAGCUUAUAAAAUCAGUGGACCUUUUGUAAGUAUGAGUGAAGUAAAUCUGAUUUUGAAUGUAUGUUUAAUAGAUGUAUCCCCACUUAUUCCUGUAAUUGUAGUUUAAACGAAAUAUUUAAGUGAAUCACUCUACAUGAACACUUAAAAGAUUGUACUUGUUGUUAUCAUAUUGCUGGUAGCGCCCGUGGGUGCUAUGAAACGAAUACUGUGUUCUGAUUGGCUAGUGGUGCGGGCAUAUAAAGUUCGUAAUUUUUGGACAAUGUCGGCUAUGGAGUCACAAAAAGUGGCAGAAGACAGUCAAAAC